AUGGCGCCCUCUCUAGAAGAGCCAGAAGCCGUCCAAGACGUCCUCAAGAAUCAUGCCAAAACGAAGCCCUCAUUAGUCGCCCCCGAGCCAGAACACUGUCCGGGACCCGAGUCCGACGCAGCUGGCACCGCAGACUCAUGCGCCGGUUGCCCGAACCAGAAGAUAUGCGCCUCCGCGCCAAAGGGCCCCGACCCAGACAUACCCUUGAUAUCACAACGCCUGGCGGGAGUGAAGCACCGGGUGCUGGUCCUGAGUGGCAAGGGAGGUGUUGGAAAAUCGACGUUCACAAGUUUACUCGCACACGCAUUCGCGCUGAACCCCGACAGCACCAUUGGAAUCAUGGAUACAGACAUCUGCGGGCCAUCCAUACCCAAGAUGAUGGGUGCCGAGAACGAGACAAUACACAUCAGCAACUCGGGCUGGUCGCCCGUGUGGGUGAUGGACAACCUCGGGGUCAUGAGCAUACAAUUCAUGCUGCCAAACAAGGACGACGCCAUAAUAUGGCGCGGGCCCAAGAAGAACGGCCUGAUCAAGCAGUUCCUGAAGGACGUUGACUGGGGCGAGCUCGAUCUGCUACUGGUCGACACGCCCCCCGGCACGAGCGACGAGCACCUGAGCGUAAACUCCUACCUGAAGGAAAGCGGCAUCGACGGCGCAAUCAUCGUCACGACUCCGAACGAGGUAUCACUGCUAGAUGUGCGGAAAGAGAUUGACUUUUGUCAGAAGGCGGGCAUUAAGAUACUGGGCUUGGUCGACAACAUGGCAGGCUUCGUCUGCCCGAAGUGCACAAAGGAGAGCCAGGUGUUCGAGGCGACGUCGGGGGGUGGCAAGGCAUUGUCAGAAGAGAUCGGCAUUACAUAUCUCGGCGCCGUGCCCUUGGACCCUCGCAUUGGUAUGGCUGGCGACUACGGAGAGAGCUACUUCGACUCCUUUCCCGACAGUCCAGCCUGCAAGGCGAUCCAGAAGGUGGUGAGAGGCGUGGCCUCCCAGAUAGCGAUAGACACUGAGAGCCUCUUUCCCGAGGACUAG